GUGACUUUUCGCACCGGCUCUCGCUGCUCGCUGCCCUGCCGACUGGGCUGGGCAAAGCCUCUCCCGAGCCCCAGCUGGCCGGACAACUCCCCCCCACCUCCCCUCCCCUUCACACUCGCCAAGCGACAGAUUCCACUCUCCCUCCCUCUCCCUUUCUUUUUCCAUCCCUCCCACCUUCAGCACAGACCCAAGACGCAGGAUCCCGCCGAGAGAAAGCGGCUCCUUGAAACCAUCACCGCAGCCCGUGCUGCUAAGGAGGGAGAGGAAAACCUCCACGCCACCUCCUGCAGCGGGGGGCUUCGCAGAGGGGCGAUGGCUUUGGGCUCCCAGAGAUCAUCUCUUACCUUUGCCCGGGGUGUGGGACCCGUCUUCUUCAUCCUUCAAAUCAUCUCCGUUCGGGCUGAUGGGAAAGUGUUUGCACUUGAGUCCAAGAACAACUCUCAGGGUCUGGAUUUAGCUGAAGCUGAGAAAGCUUGUGUUGACCUGAGUGCUCGCUUAGCAACUGCAGAAGAACUGAAAAGGGCUGUCCUGGACUGUUCCUUCCUUGGCUGCACCACGGGAUGGCUGGCUGAUGGCACUGCUGGGACAAUAAUAUGCAGAAAGACGGGCAGCAAACAACAGAGCGUGAAAGCCAUUGAUGUUAAAAUUGAAACCGAUCCCUUUGUGAAUGACCAAUAUGAUGCUUUUUGUGUAAAGGAUGAAGACAAGCCGUGUGGAGAUCCUCCGUCCUUCCCUCACACCAUCUUGCACGGCCACACUGGCUUUGAAAUGGGAGAUGAGCUGCUGUAUGUUUGUGCCCAGGGGUACGUCAUGGGUAACAAGGAGACGGCGUUCACGCUGCUCUGCGACAGCUGUGGGGAGUGGUAUGGGCAGGUGCAAGCCUGUGUCAAAGAUGAAACUGAGGCACAUAUUGACUAUGAAGAUAAUUUUCCCGAUGACAGAUCAAUACCUAUUGCUGAGAACGAACAUACCAAUGGCAAAGAGGAAAUCGAGUCGGAACAAGAGCAGCUUUCCUUCAGUAAAAAGCCAGAGGAAGGAAGAAGUGGAAGUACCAGAGGGGUUACUCAGGACAUAGAUACUUCUGAAAAUAGAAGCAGGGCACCAACUGAAUCCCCUGUUUCACUCCUAAGCCAAAAAAACUUGUUUUGGUUUCCAUCAGAGGCUUUCAGUGAGCCUGAAUCAGAGAAAGAGACAGACGAAUCUGCUAAAGCACAGUUUUCGGAGGGUGAUAACCACAUUGGAGCCAAGACAGUCUACGACCAACCUGGUGCCAAAAUGUAUUAUGACAGUGAGGAUUUCCCCAUUGGACCCAUUCUCACAGCAAAUGAUACAAAGGAAGAGAUAGAUACAGUUCCUAUUACUGAUGAGUCAUGGUUAGAUGGUUACCCAGUAACACAAGAAGUGGUAGAAGAUGAUGAAGAGGAGGGGGAUAAAGUUGAUGGGUCGAUGGGAACAGAGGAAGACAUUAUCCUCACAACUGAUCAACCAAAUCACGUUGAAGUCAGAAAACUGGGCACUGGUAGCCCUGCUCCAGAGGAAGGUUUAACACAGAUUGUGGCAGCAACAACCAGUAUAGAUGAUGAGAGGGUCAAAGAGACACCAGCACCACUUACACCAGUGAGUGGUCUGGAGGACUUAAGCGUGAGCAGAGGUUAUGAUGAUGCUGCAUGGGAGCACCCAACUACAGCUCUGGAAACUGUGACUCAGGAGCCCAUUACAACAUUGCUGUUGGACGUAACCAGCUUAAGAACUUCUGCGUCUGAAACUUCUGUGGUGGCCAGACCCUUUGAUCACACUACUGAGGAAGAAGCAAAAGGAACAACAGCCAACCCAGCACAAGUAGCAACCACUGCACCUGCUCCAGAUAUCCUUACUGAGACAUCAUCCCCAGAAUUUGAUGAGCAAGAAAAUCUCACCCAGGGCCUUGGAGAAAAGCCAGUCCCCACUUCUGAACCUUGUGAAGGAGAGGAUUGUCCCAAGUCAAGUAAAGGUGCUGUCAUAGCAGUCAUCGUGAUUCUCCUGUGCUUGUUACUGGCUGCAGCUGUACUGGCUGUGUGGUUUUUCAAGAAACGGCAGCAGAAAAAUUCUGUCUAUAAACUAAAUGGAAGGUGUCAGCCCCGGCAUCACUGUUACCACCACUACCACCACCAACACAUUGAAAUGCAGAAAGUCUAACCAAGGGCCUUCUGGGAGAAAAGCUAGAUAUCAGAAGAACGUAUCGAGGCUAGAAGGAUCACAUGACUCAUGGAUACUAAAAUCCAGCAGUGCAGAAAGCAGAAGACAAAAUGCUAAAAGAACACAGAAGACAGACGAGAUUUCAUCAGUUUGAAAUUGCAGUUUAGCGUAUCUGACCUUUCAAAACUAAAGAAUCUGUAUUGUUUUGCCAAAAGGUCUUUUGGAGACAUCAGCAGGACACAGUGUGCUUGCUAGGACAUCUACAGUUUGUUCUGCUUUUACAUUUUGCUCCUAUUAAUAAUAAAUUAAUUGAUUAAUUUCUGUGCUACCUGAUUAUAAUCUAAUGGCAGGGCUGGUCGGGCCUUCUUGGACUACUCUCAGUGGAACAGGGAAGGAAGGAAGGAAGGGAUGAGGGGAGAAGGAUGUUUUUGGAGUAACCACACAUUCGGAGUUUGUUCUUUUUUUUAGAACCUGACCAAGCCAGUCAGGAUAAACCACCAUAACAAAUUAUUGCCUGACGUGUCUUAAGAAGAAAAAACUAUUUGCAACCAUACUUUAAUGGAUAGUAUUGCAAUGAUUACUAAGGUACUUUUCUUCAGUGUUAUGAAUUUAACAAGCCAAAAACCGGUAAGGUAUUUUUUAUGGAAGGUGCUCUUUUAGUCUUAGUGAAGAAGUGCCAUUCUUAUACUAAUCUUUUUAUAGAAAUGAUGAUGCCUCCCUGGAAUUCAGAGAAUACCGUAUGGGCCAUUCUUCCCUUAAUAUCAGCAGAAGAGGACUCAGAGCACAGAUUUCAGACAUUAUGAUGAAUAGAUUCAUAUUACAGAGCAGACGGCGAUGAAGCACUUUGCAGGGGAGCCCAGCCUGAAGUCAGUCACUUUUCUGAACACGAUAGUGACUGACCAAGAUACUGAAUUUUAAUUCAAAGCCAGCGGUACCACUGGCAGUCGAAGCCAUGUUUCAUAUUUCUGCCAUAUGAACUCUGUGCAAUGACUGAUUUUCACCAUUCUGCUUUUUCAUCAGCUGAAGAGGUGUCUGGAGGGGACAAAGGCUGGCAAUGGGAGAUGGGUAUCCAUAUAGAAUGCUGCUUUUUGUGGUCUUAAAGUGAACCUAGGGAAGGAAGAAUUUACAUCCACUUGAUAAAAUGCAGAAACUUGACUCUUAAACUGUAUGUUAGCAUACAAACACGGAGGUCUUUUCAACAGCAUGUUCUCUUUCAAAUGGUUUUGAAAAUGGCCAUGGAAAGAGAGGAAUGUGUUUUCUAGAACCUCUUAAAAUAGUUCUUAUGUGCUUAGUAUGAAGUACUUCCUUACCUUUCUGAAUGACCAGGAAAAAGCCUAGCAAAUGUGAAUAAUCUCCAGGUCCUAAGUGAAUGCAUCCGCUGCUCUACUGCACAGCCUUAGCCAAAAUGACAAGAAGUUGAGCACAGCAUAGUGCUGGAGUAAGAAAAAGUGACUUGGCAGAGUUCAUUCACAUUCAUGAUCUGUUUUGAGUCAAGGUGGUAACCAUCUCUAACUCCAUGGAAGGUAGACUUUGUGAAAUGGAGUGCGGCUUUUGGCGUGUCACAAAUAUAGCCAUCAAUCCCAAUGCUGGUAAGGAAAACAAAGAACAGAUAGAAGUUAUCUUGGAGAAUUUGACCUCAGAGUGGUAAAAAUCGAAUUGCCUGGCAAAAGCCACAGUAAACAAAGAACAGCAGACACUGUACAGAUUUGUAAAUACUGUGUUCUCUGACAUAUGCAUGACUUUGUGCUUUUAAUGCAUUCUAGAAUAUGAAAUAACAUAGAAUUUCUGUUGUAAACUAUUCCUUUUAUGCAGCAGUGUUUUUAAAGGACAACGGAUUUAGCACUAAGGAACUUUGUGGAGACUUAAUUCGACUAAAAUGUGCCAUGUGUAAUCUUGUCAAAAAAUAAACACAGGAACAUCCAUUAAAAUAUUGUUUAACUGAAUGGUACAAGUGCGUGUUGCAGUUCUGUGAAGCAUCAUUCAAAAUGAAAAGUCAAUACCAUUUGUCUCAGGAACUGGACUGUAAAAAUGAGAUUCAAAAUAUAAUUACAAACAUAAACAACACAGGGAUAUUAUUUGAGACACGGAAAUCACUUGUUGUUCAUGAACCAGAAGAAAGUGUAUGUUAACAUAGUGCUUUGGAGAUAUUUAAAUAAAAGUCAAGUUACAGAAAAGGGAAA